CACCUCUGUUAUCCGAAAUGUCAAAAUCUACGAAAAGCACAAAAGGGAAUAGGAAAAAAGCGCAAUUUACCACAGAUUCUUCUUAAAAAUGAUGGCCUCGACUAGCCAAGCAGCCAACAAGCGGAGCCGCGCUUCAAUGGAGCAGUUGAGUGGUAUGCUGGACUUCUUUUUGGAAAACCCGGGACUAGCCGGUGGGAAGUUUCAUCGGCUACACGGGAAGAUGGAGCACGAGAAGAAGUGGGAGGAGAUGGCUUCCAAGCUAAAUGCCAUCGGAGGUGCUCAAAAGUCCGCCGAACAGUGGCGCACAGUAUGGCGCGAUUUGAAGAGCAGAACCAGUGUUCGAGUGCGCGAUAGGAAAAGGCAGCAGGCGUUAACCGGCAACAAGCCCGUUAAGCAAGCUCCUUUAACAGAGCUAGAGGAGCGGGUUGUGGCCAUCAUCGGGAGCAACUAUAUUGAGGGCCAUGAGUCUGUGGCAGAAAAUGUACCAAUGAACUUGGUAAGUUUUAAUUGACUUAUUUCUGACUCAGUAUUAACCACUUUUUCAUUAUUAGGAGCUCCAGUUGGCCAUGGAAGACGGUGAGGAGAUUGUUUUUCUGGAUGAAGUGGUGGAGUGCGAAGGU